CAAAUAACAGAGACUUCAGGUUUGGUUUGAUCAAUUAGUCUGCUGGUAGGGAAAGUCCAAAUAACAACAUACAGGGAAUGUGUUAGGUAAUGUUCACCAGUUAUUCAAAGCAACCGGAAGUCCUUGAAAACUGGCGUUCGAGAAGAAAAGUAUGAGUAAAUACAAUCUACACUGGAUCUUUACUAACAUGGGGUGCAUCAGGGGCAUCCAACGCCGGACCCUCUGCCAGCCCGAGCUCUUCUCCUUCGGCGUUGACAAAUUAGUGCUGCUGUCGUUACUGUGGGUGAUGUUGGUCCUAACUGAAAAAACCAACACCGUACACUACAAGGACAUGCGCUUGGUCGUACACAAGAGGCCCUUCUCAUUUUACUGCGAUGAUAAGGCGAAGUCUGCAGCGAACUGCCGGAAUAAGUCUACCUGCUCCAUAUAUCCCAUAAUUGUCAAACAGGACGAGAUCGGAAGUGUCUGGGAUUCCAUAGCAACGUUGGGGCCUCAAGGCAAGCCCAAAUUGAUCGCAGAAGUCAGUAAGAGAAUAACAUUCUCUCGCACUGGACGAAGAAACAUCACUCUCCACGUUGAAAGCUUCACGUGUCAGGACGCAGGAGUUUAUGGUUGCACAUUUGGUUCCAAUAGAGACGCAGGAGGCAUCUACUUUAUGAAAAACACCAUCAUGAUAGUAAAACGACAGAUCGUUGCUGAGAAACAAACGAUAGACGUGAAGGACAAGCCAAUCCAGAUCUACUUCAACCAAGGCUUUACGGCCGAGAUAACCAGCGUGGCUGUGGUGACGCCAUAUACAGUAGAGUGGACGUGGGAGAGGAAAUGCUCAGGGGGUUGGCGAUUUGAGAUGUGGUCCAUGGACCAUAUCCUCAGCAAUUCGACAGAGCUACAAUACCAGGAAGUGGAUGGAGCCAGUUGCCAGGUUAUGGUGGUCAACUCCACGCUGUCCUUCAUGAUGACGCCAGAGAUGGAGGGGUGCAUGUGCCGCUGCUCACUGCAAGACAAGCUGUCACAGAAGCUGCUCACGCGCUACAGCGUAAAGAUCAAGAUGAAGCAGAUCAAGGGCGAGGGUGCUUUCAAAAAGCAAAGCCCACUUCCCUGGCAGAUUCUUGUGGCCAUCGGGCUGUUCAUCACCCUUGUCCAGUCCGUCAUUGCUUUUGUGUGUUAUAGGAAAAGAGGUGCUUGCAACAAAAAUCACAGACCAGUCGGCCGUCGACGAAGGCAUUCUCAGUUUGAGUCGACCAACGAGCUCAUGACCUUCAGUCAGCUGAUGGGUCCCCGGCAUACGAAAACCUUAUCCAAUUCCUUCGAGGGCAAACCCAAGCGCUCUACAAAUAGUGCUACCAUAACAGAAGCUGGGACCAGGGCCAGCAAAGAAGAUAGAAUCUUCGGCGCCAGUACGGAGAUACAAGUAAUUUGAAAGGAGAAAGUAAUCGAGGUGUGACUGAGGCUGAGGCUAAAGUGUUCUUCACUGCUUACGUAUCGUUUUGAUGUUCAGAUUAUUUUGGUACAUGCACAAUCAAACGUCAUUGUGAGCCGCCCCUCCCCCUGUUGUACCGCCAGCCCACUCACAGCCAGGUUUUGCCAAAGUACGAAAAAGAUUUCCCUAUAUAAACAUAAUAUUUGCACCCUGAAACCGCCAUCCCCCAUCCGCCUACUGUGGGGAUGUUAGGAUGUUUCAGUAGUGGGGUAAGCUGGUAACUAACAUUAUUGGUCUUUUGUACUCGUGUUUCAAGUUCUCUGUUCAGUCGCCCAUCCUCUGUGAAUAUACUUCCGAGGUACUUAAAUUCUUGGACAAGUCUGAGACUGUUGUCGUUGAUGUGUAUCCUAAGUGGUCCUGAUUCUCUGCCCACUUUCAUUGUCUCUAUUUUGUUGAUGUUGUUAUUCAUGUCGUAGUUGUUAUAUUCUUCGUUUAAUCUAGUGGUGUUUUGUUGGAGACUUCGUUCAUCUUUGUGUGCUAGGCUUUGGUCAUCAGCGAAGAGUAAUUC